AAUUCAUUUCUGAACGCCAUAAGACGUUUUUCGCUUUUGAGUACAAUACACUACCUGGCUACUACACCAAAAUGAACAAACUCCUUCUAGCAGUUGCUUUUUUCAUCGCUACCACGAUGACUAUGGUCCAGGCAGCACCGGCCAAAUAUACUACUAAAUACGACAACGUAAAUAUCGAUGACAUUCUGAACAACGACCGCUUGGUCGCCAGCUACUUCAAGUGUCUGAUGGAAACAGGAAAAUGUACGCCAGAAGGCGAAGAAAUCAAACGUUGGUUACCAGAAGCAGUAGAGAAUAAAUGUGAAGACUGUUCGGAAAAACAAAAAAUAGGUUCCGAAAAAAUCAUUAAGUUUCUAUUUGAAAAGAAAAAUGAUAUGUGGAAACAACUUGAAGAAAAAUAUGACCCUAAAGGACUAUACAGACAACGUUAUUCGGAAGAUGCAAAGAAAUUGAACAUUGACGUUUAAAUUAAUUAUAAAAUAACAUAUAGGUAGCAACUAUUAUUGUGUUAUUUUUAUUUAAUACAAAUAAUCGAUGCAAUUUGUUGUUAUAAAAUGGCACAUUUCAAAAAUAUUUCUUAUUUAUUUACACUUAUUAUAUUCUUUCGUACAAUAUUUUAUAACUUUUUUAAAUAUAAUAUUUAUUAUUUAUACAUUUUUAAAAAAAUAUACAUGAGAUGAUAAUCAAA